AUUAUUGUCAGCCUUGACCGCAAUUCGGCAAGUGCCGUCGCAGCUGCAGCUUCACUUCACCACAGCCGCGAGCGUUCUUAUUCAACUCUUCCUCGACAAUUUUUCUUCCCAACGACAACACCACACUUCGAAUGCUGCCACACAGACGAACCUCUACCCUUCAUCCACUCUUCGUUUCUUGAACAACCUCUGCAAUUUUGAUCUUGUUUCCCACCUCUUUCGAGAAGUAAAAUGACUUCCUCCUUCGCCCCUCUCGACCCACCAGCUGGGGAUGGUCCCAGUAGCAAGAAGAGAGUGGCUUACUUCUACGAUUCCGAUGUUGGAAACUACGCCUAUGUCGCAGGUCAUCCUAUGAAACCUCAUCGAAUUCGAUUGGCACACAGCUUGAUCAUGAACUAUGGCACUUACAACAAGAUGGAGAUUUAUCGCGCGAAGCCUGCCACACGUCAUGAAAUGACCCAAUUCCACACUGAUGAAUACAUCGACUUUCUUCAAAAGGUCACCCCUGAUAAUAUGGACUCAUUCUCGAAAGAGCAAGGCAAAUACAAUGUCGGUGACGAUUGUCCAGUCUUCGACGGGCUUUUCGAGUUCUGCGGGAUCAGCGCUGGUGGUAGCAUGGAGGGAGCUGCGCGUCUGAAUCGUGGCAAAUGCGAUAUCGCCAUCAACUGGGCUGGAGGUCUCCAUCACGCGAAGAAGAGUGAAGCAAGUGGUUUCUGCUAUGUCAAUGACAUUGUUCUUGGUAUAAUCGAGCUCCUGCGAUUCAAGAAGAGAGUCCUCUACAUUGAUAUUGACGUCCACCAUGGAGAUGGCGUUGAAGAGGCAUUCUAUACCACUGAUCGAGUUAUGACUGUGUCAUUCCACAAGUAUGGUGAAUACUUCCCGGGAACUGGCGAGCUUCGAGACAUUGGUGUUGGCCAAGGCAAGAACUAUGCUGUCAACUUCCCACUACGAGAUGGAAUUGAUGAUGUGACCUACAAGUCCAUCUUCGAGCCUGUCAUCAAAGCCGUCAUGGAUUACUACCAACCAGAAGCUGUUGUCUUGCAAUGCGGUGGAGAUAGCUUGUCUGGUGAUCGUCUCGGUUGCUUCAAUCUCAGCAUGAGAGGACAUGCCAAUUGUGUCUCCUAUGUCAAGAGCUUCAAUCUUCCAACUCUUGUACUUGGUGGCGGUGGAUAUACCAUGCGAAACGUCGCUCGAACAUGGGCCUACGAGACUGGUGUUCUAGUUGGUCAGGAAUUGGAUCGUAUCUUGCCUUUCAAUGAAUACUAUGAGUAUUAUGGCCCUGACUAUGAGCUUGAUGUCCGUGCUUCGAAUAUGGAGAAUGCCAACUCGAGAGACUACCUGGAGAAGAUCAAGACUCAAGUCAUUGAGAAUUUGAAGAAGACUGCCCAUGCGCCAUCUGUUCAAUUGACCGAAGUUCCUCGCACAACUCUUGCAGGUACUACAGAUGAGGAUGAUGACAUUCUGGACGACGAAGACGAGGACAUGAACAAGGAUGUUCGAACUACCAAGCGACGAUGGGAUCAACGAGUCACCAGAGAUGAUGAGUUGGAUGAAAGUGAGGACGAGGAAGAGUCUAAGGCAAAUGGAGUCGUUGCAGCCAAGGAAGGACCAAAGCGCCGAAACGUCAGUGCUGGUCCAGAUGUUGAGAUGGGAAGUCCUUCACCAGUUCCAGAAGCAGGAUCUUCCAAAGUCCCCGAGCCAGAGCCUACAGAGCAACUAGAAGUAGAGAUGGAGAAAGCACCGGAAACCGCGCCAGUCGAAAAGUCAUCAGCCGCAGUAGAGUCUUCUAGCACCGACGUCACUAUGGCAGAUGCUCCAACAGAAGCUGUAGAGCCUGAGACGAAGACUGAGCCAGGUACUACGGCAGAGGAAUAAUUGUACUUUAGAUAUCUUGUAGCGCGGAGUUUGGGAGGUCAGGAUCUUUUUUUUUGCGAUGUAAAAUAAAGAGUUGAAAUCGAGGCUGUCGAAAUGAAUACCACAGAUAAUGACAGACUCU